AUGGAGUGGUGCGGUCCGUACUCAGAAGCCUUCUUGGCUACUACGAAACGUCGGGCUAUCGUUAUCUUAACAUCGAUCCUCCUUCUGGCGGCUUACGUCUGGUAUCGACAACCAGUGACUGUUCGCAACGUGGGCAAUAAUGUGCUUGGACGAAAGUUGCAUUAUGGUGGACUAUUCAACGGAACAUGGGAUUACCAAAGGGACAAGGAUAAUUUAUUGUUGGACCAAGGGGAGUGCGAGCAAGCAUUUCCAGCGCUGUUCGAUGAAAUCGAACGAGCAAAGCGCGACCGCCAAUCUAGGGACAUGGAUUUGUCGCUGUAUUGGUUUGCCCAACCACAGGGGGGAACCCUCGUAUUAUAUUAUUAUUCGGGUCAUGGAGGGGUGGCGAAGAGUGGUGAUGCCGCCGAGGAGAAUAAGGAUAGGAAUAAGAAUGUGAAUAAGUCGGGGGAUAAAGACCAGCAGCAGUGGCGCUACCAGUUCCUCGUCCCAGUUGACUUUGACCAGUCGACCCCUUAUGAAUUUCGCGGGAUCACUGAGAUCGAGAUCUCGUACCUCCUCCGCGACACGACGGACCAGACGCGCAAUAUCACUGUCAUUUUAGAUUGUUGUCAUUCUGGUAGAAUGGCGCGGGAGCCGUCGUGUGGUGGCAACGCGACGCCGAAGAAUCUGAGUCUGCAGGGUGCGCGGUAUUAUCGCGAUAUCGAACGCCUCAGUGGUGGCGGUGGUGGUGGACGCGCGGGUCGACAAGAAUACGUCGAGGGAAAUCCACACGCCGUGAGGAUCGCAGCGGCUGCAACCGCAGAGACAGUAUGGGAGUAUGAGUAUUCAGACGGAAAAUGGACGGGCGCCCUGUCGGAUGCGUUGAUCAGGGUGCUUGGGGAGGCGAAGGGCCAUAGCAAUAGCGUCUCCUGGCGCACGACGGUGCUCAGGGUGAGGGAACUGGUUAAUGCGAAGUUUCCGCUCCAGCGCCCGCAGGUCGAGGGCCCUGCAACGCGGUGUCACUUUUCGCUGAAGGAGAUGGGCUCCGACGCAUUGCAUUUGAAGAUGGAGGGGGAUGAUGGUCUGGCGGUUAUUCAGGCCGGUAAGGUCGCAGGCGUGCGUGAGGGGAAUGUGUAUCAUGUCGUUCCUUUUGAUGCAGCAACGACAACGACCAAGGACAGCGACGACCAGGCGGAUAAUAUUAUUGCAGAGGGGGUCGUCUCGCACGUCGAUUGUUUCCGCGUGGUUGUAGGCCUUGCGUCCAAAAACGAACAACUCGCUGAAAUCCCCCUUGAAGGGGCAUUGGCCUGUCUCGAGCAGGAGGCGCUGAACAAGUGGCCUGCCACGACCCACUCUGAAAUACUGCCUGCGGCGCUCGAGGAGCUGAUCAGAGGCUCUCGAUACCUUUGCAUCGCAAGGUCUGACGAACGGGAAGCGGCUAUCGGUCGAAUCCAGCGUCUGGCGGACUUGAUCAGUCUCAGAACAAGAGAGGGAGUGCAAAUAGCAUCGCAGUGGAUAGAGCCAUCAAAUGAUUCCAUGUCUUCUCCGGUGGCAGGGACGACUACUCUUUCGUCACGGCGCAUUUUCGGCCCAGCAAUAAUCGUUUGCACCGUUCUAUUUGGACUUUCUGCCAUUGUUUUGGAUUAUGGUGCUGUUAGCGUUAUUUGA